AUGGCGCCCUUGGUCCCUCCCACGCGACGCUCGCGUAACGGCUGCAUUGACUGCCGCAAGGCAAAGGUCAAGUGCGACGAGAUUCGCCCCUCGUGCGGAACUUGCGCGCGACGCAGACUCGUGUGCCAGGGGUACAAGACGCAACCCGGCGCUGCCCAGCAUGCCCGGCACUCACCCUCGUCUCUACUUGCCGUCGCCGCCGCCGCAACAGGGAAGGAGCCGGCGUCAGCUUCGGGACCCGCGUCAAAAUCUCCGGGGGCGCUCUCGGUAACCGUCUCGGCCGGGUCUACAAACAGCAGCCCGACGACGCUGGUGGGGCAAAGCGCAUCGACAGCGUCAAAUCGGUCGACGCUGGCUCUAGACACGCGGACUUUCUCUCUGCUUCCUCCCGGCUCGGUACCCGCCGCGGACCAGCCGUAUCUUGAACUCUACUUCAACAGACAUCCCUUUGAGCUGCUGAUUGGUCACGAGUUCGUAUGCGAGAUGAACGCCAACAUCGUGAUGAUGCUGCAGCAGGAUCCGGUGGUGAUUGCUGACACGAUAUCGGCCAUCGGCUACUCGUACGACGUGGGCAGUUCGUCGGCGGCUCUGCUCCCGGUGCUAAACCGGAGGGCAAAGAUCCUCGCCAACCUGAGGAACAUGAAGCCCUCGACUCACUACUUUGAAGAGGCGCUCUUCUUACUUCUCGGCUUGUGUGCCAUGGAGCUCGUCACUCUGGCACAACCGGGACACCAUGCAACCAUACCCACAGUCCUAUCAAACGUGGCCUCCCUGAUCAGCCACCACGUUUCUACAGGAGGCGACGUAUCGUCCGUGGCGAGAUAUUACCUCCGCGCACUGGCAAGGCAAGAUCUCGUCGUCUCACUGAUCCAGCUACGCCGCCCUAGAAUACCCAGCUAUGUCUGGCUAGAAAACGAAGCGGCUAAGCCAGACCGCCUGCUUGGGUAUACCGUAACCCUCAUGCCCUUGCUAGAAGAGCUCUGCACGAUGGCCGAGGAAAUCCGCAAUCAGAUUCUGCAACCUGCUUUUCCAAAUACCCUCCUAGGCAGCACAUUACCAUCUCCAAUAACCCCGGAAGAGGGUGGUGGCUCAUCAUCCCCGCCCGUCUGCCUCGACGGCUGGCUCGAUGCCGGCUACGACAACCUCGCCCUCCGCGCCGACUCCCUCCGCCUGCGCCUCGAAUCCUGGAAGCCCACUAUCGCAGACAGCCUCUCCUUCCGCUCGGCACGCAAAUUCCGCGCCCAGGCCGCCUGCUACUGUGCGGGCGCCCUCCUCUACCUGCACCGUCUCUUCCACCUCCCCGGGUCCUCGGCGGCAGAGGAGGCGGACGCCGAGGCUCUGAGUAGGGCCCACGACGUGAUGUUGUACACGAGCGGCCCGCCCUCCGAGUCCAAGAUGCUGCUGUGGCCCGUCUUCAUGGCCGCGUGCGAGAUGCUGGACGCGGACGACCGGGCUACCGUGCUGGACGUCUUUGAUGCGAUUGGCACGCACCGCAAGACGGUGACGGUCGAGCGGACGAAGAUGUUUGUCGAGGAACGGGUAUGGAAGGCGAGGGACGAAGGGAGGGAAUGGAAUUGGAUGAUUUUAGCGCAAGAGUUCCCGGGAGAGUGUUUGCCGAUCUGA